AUUUUGUCCCAAAUCUCCCCAAUUUUGCCCCAAUUCUGCCCCAGAUGAUCAUCGAGCCGACGAGCGCGCGGCUGCUGCCCGACCCCCUGCAGGAGCCCUACUACCAACCCCCCUACACGCUGGUCAUCGAGCUCACGGGGGUCCUGCUGCACCCCGAGUGGUCGGUGAGGGACCCCGAGAACCCCCAGACCCAAAAAACCCCAAAAUCCCCCAAAGAAUGGCUCAAAAAUGGCUCAAAACCCCAAAAAACGACGGCGUUCCCGCUGAUCGACUCCAUCGACCCGCACGGCUUCGUCUCCUACCGGCUCUUCCGCGACGCCACGCGCUACAUGGACGGCCACCACGUCAAGGACAUCUCGUGCCUGAACCGCGACCCGGCGCGGGUGGUGGUGGUGGACUGGCGCCGGGACUCGUUCCGGCUGCAGCCGCACAACGGGCUGGCCCUGCCGCGCUGGGACGGCGGCUCCGAGGACCGCGCGCUCUAUGACCUGGCCGCCUUCCUCAAGAGUGGGUGAAACGCCCCAAAAUACCCCAAAAACCCCGUUA